AUGCUCGGCGAAGACAAUCCCCCUGUUAGCAAACGGAGGAAGGUUCGCAAAGGUACCCAGAGCUGCUGGGAGUGCAAGAGACGAAAGGUCCGCUGCAUCACAUCGCAGGGGAGCUUCACUUGCGAUAACUGCAGAAGGAGGAGAACUUCAUGUAUCGCCCAGGAUCUCCCUGACAGGCCUACGGCUCCAGCUUGCAACACUCAAGUAGAGGAUCGGCUCCGCAGAGUGGAGAAUCUCAUCGAGCAGUUGAUCGACAACCCCGAUAAGAGUCAUCCCCCGACAGCAGAGGACAUCAACAAUCGUCAAGCGAAUGCAUCUUCAUCGACAGAUAUUAAUCCGCGCAACCAUCCCCCACGAUCGCACACUCGCGAACUAUUACCCAGGCGAACGCCUUCUGCGACCGAUCACGCGGCAUUAAUCGACAAGUUAAUCGAUGUAUGGCCUGGUAAAAAUGAGCUUGAUGUCAUCUGUGCUCUCCCUGUUGGGCUCUCGAUGCACUUGCAAUGCUGCGUUUGUGCGUCUUAUACAAUCUCAAACAAAAAUCUGCCCUCGCCACUCGAUAUACUCCAGUUGCCUUCAUCAAAUUCCCACCCGGUGCUUUUUGCCCGAAAACUCCUCAUGCUAGGUGCACUCUUACAAGCUAUUGUCCCUUCCUCCCAUCAACAAUUAGACAACCGCGGUAUCUCACAUGGGAAGCUAUUGUCCCGUGUCGUUGAAAGAGCCAUCAGACUCGUGACCACCAAUGAUGAACUUGUGCGCUCUGUCGAAGGUCUAGAAUGCAUUAUGAUUGAGGCACAGCUGCACAAUUAUUCCGGAAAUCUUCACCGUGCUUGGUUAGCGACACACCGGGCGGUUUCUGUUGCGCAAAUCAUGGGACUGCACCGCGGCCUCAACUCACCAUCUCUCAAGUUCCUCGAGCCGGAGACUCGGGCGAAUUUCGACCCCAAAAAUAUAUUGUUCCGCAUUAUUGAGAUGGAUCUUUACCUUUCAUUGAUGUUAGGGCUACCUAACAGUUCACUUCAAUCUCCCCUAUCUACACCGAAGGUGUUGAAGGAUCUCCUCCCAUUGAGCGGAUCCAGCAAUACAGCUGCUGAAAUGCCGCCUCAGUGGUGGCUGAUGCCAACAUUUACAGUACGGGGUUCCAAUGACAAACAGCUCUUCGAUGAUACAACUCGCCUCAUGGUUCAAUUUUCACAUUACCACCUUGUAACAAGGCUGCAUUUGCCUUACUUGAUUCGUUCCCUGGCCGACCACAAAUAUGACCACAGCAUGCUUACAGCCGUCAAUGCAAGUCGCGAAAUCUUGUCCCGCUACAUAGCCUUCCGUUCCUCAAAUCCAGUCAAUUUCUAUUGCCGCGGAGGCGAUUUCCUAGCAUUUGUUGCCAUUGUUGUCAUAUGCUUUGCCCACAUUGGCUCACAUAGUCAAGGCGAUCAGACCAUCCAAGCCGGAGAAAUUGGCUUCAGCUGCAAUGUUCUAGCACACAGCCGUCUUAGCGACCGAGGGAUAAUGGAGCGUACCCUCGCAAUUCUGCUAUCGACUAGCAAUGGCGAACCAGACUUGAUUGUCUCUAAGCUCAGUCAUUUGAUAGGACAUCUGCUUGCAGUUGAGUCAGAUGCGGCAAACGGAAAGUCGUAUAGUAUGAGCACCUCCGCAAGCGAUGAAGAAGACAACGAAUCGACCGUGAAGCCAAACAGCAAUGGCAACGUCUUACGCAUCCAUAUUCCCUAUUUUGGAACAAUCAAUUUCGAGCCCAGGGCCGGUUCAAAUUCUGUAUCGAGAACACCUAUGCAAGCUGAAUCACACACUUCUAUUUGGGUCUCAGAACUGCUACUUGCCGAUCAGCUAGCGGGUAGCAGUUACAGACCAUGCAGCGAUGUUGUUUGCCCACUAACCCCAAAUGCACACCCAACACAACUACAGACAAGUCAACUGGCAUUAUCUGGCCCAGACCUGGCCCUUGACGAAUUACAAGGAUCAAAUUUUGAAGACACCAGCGCUGCCCAAGAGCAAACUCUGAUGACUUCGGCCUCCGUGGGUACAUAUCAUGACUGGGACCUACAGGGUAUUGAUCUAGCCCUUUUUGAUAGCCUCUUCGGCAGCGCGGAUCUUCCGGAUGUUGAUUAUGGGGAAAUGCCGACCCCGGUAGGAAAUUAUCCCGGCCUGUCAUCCGAAUAA